CUCGAGGAAGUUGGUUGAUUUCAGUUGGAAAGAAGAUUCGACGAGGGAAACACGCGGCAGGCAAGCUUAUUUCGUCCGGAUUCUCGAAACAAGCGAAUGUUACCCGGUCGUUUACCUGGCGCUUAAUUCAAGGGAAUCAGCGAUCGAUCUUACAUGGAUUCGAAUUUAUCACCCGCUACGAUUAACCGAUCUGUUACUUGCACCACCUUCGAUGCAUAUCUGAAAGGAAAGCGACUCGAGAGCAGUCCCUACAGAAGCAGACGCUUCUGCAAGUGGAAGAUUGUUGCGGAUAACACAGGGCAAACAUGAGCCUCGAUUUUGUCGCCGGAUUCUUUGGAGGAUGUGCCGGUAUUGUUGUGGGAUAUCCCUUCGACACGGUCAAGGUCCACAUGCAGACGCAAGAUUCUCGAAAUCCGAAAUAUCGGGGCACCUGGGACUGUCUGCGUACCAUACUCGCGAAAGAAUCGAUGGCUGGCCUCUACAGAGGCAUGACUUCUCCGAUCGCGGGGGUCGCACUGGUGAAUUCCAUCGUCUUCGGCGUAUAUGGGCACACUCAGCGGCACCUGUCCGAACCCGAUCGGCUGUCGACGUGCUUCCUGGCCGGCGCUUCCGCCGGCCUCGCUCAGACCCCCGUUUCUAGUCCGAUAGAGUUAGCAAAAACGCGAAUGCAGCUGCAGUCCUCGAGCCAGGGUGGCUCUCAGGGUCCGAUGCAGUGCUUGAGGAAGAUCUACCGGCGGGAGGGCUAUCGGGGGGUCUUCAAGGGUCUCGGCAUCACGUUCCUCCGAGAGGGGCCGAGCUACGGCGUGUAUUUCGUGACGUACGAGAUGCUGACGAGGACUCCCUCGAACCAACCGAUCUCGACGUUCCACAUGCUGCUCGCGGGUGGCCUCGCCGGCUCCGCUUCCUGGGUGAUCUCCUAUCCCGUGGACGUGAUCAAGUCGCGCGUUCAAGCGGAGAGCGGCAAUCGUUACUCGAGCUCUUGGGACUGCCUGAAGAAGUCCGUGCGCGCCGAGGGAUACACUUGCCUGUUUCGCGGUUUGAACUCGACGAUCCUACGCGCGUUCCCGAUGAACGCUGCGACCUUCACCGUGGUCACGUGGAUGUUCAGGCUGUUCGGCGAGCAGCCGAGCGAGGCGUCGAAGAAAGAGGAGGGCGGGCUGACCUCGAGCAAGCAACCGAGGAAUCACUCGUCGAAGGGUUACGAGCCCUUCGCUAGCAAGUGGAACACCUUCUUCGACGGUAUCUCGAGAAGCAACGGCUUCGUCGGAUCGUACUCCGCUGCUUCCAUAUUGUCCAUCAGCGGCCUGAUGCCGGACAACAGCGCCUGUCUGGUUCACAACUGCAGACGAUCGGGCUGCAAGCAUGACGCGUCGGGCCCGAGGAACGCGUGCGGGAGUACGGAAAGGAGCAAGAGAGAAUCGAGGAACGACGGGGAACUCGAGGAGGAGGAGGAUGAGCACGUCGGCGAGCAGAAGGAAACGGAUUGGAGCAACGUCGAGUCCGCCAUAACCACGUGCACGUGCAAUCCGCAACGCGCAGCCGAUGUCUCGAAGCUGGGUGAUACCUGAGCUGGGUUGAUACCUCGGCGAGUAUGUUCAGCGUGCCGGCACGAUUAUUUCUUACCGAGAAUCCGGACGAAGUGAUUCGCGCGCGAGAAAGGAAAACAAUACUCGUCUAGAAAGAGAUUCUUUCUCACGAUUAAAUUAAUAAACAACGAAUUAGCAUAAGAAAAAUUGUAAGACAGAAUGUGCAGACCGAGUGGAUAUUAAUAAGUUAAAGAAUGUUUUAUGUGUGACGAGGAUGUGAAUGAGAUUUUGCAUAAGUUUUACAAGCGUGAAAGCGCGUACGCUUUAAAUUCGAUGGCUGACCGAGCAAGUAGGAAAAUGUCUAGGAAUUGUUGGGCGGAACGUGUCUCGGAUUGGUUAUGCGUAAGGACUUGUAACGAUAAAUAUUCUGACUUCCUUUCUGUUGUUUCUCUCUUAUCAGAGCUGUAUAUAUAUUCGAUCGAUUCACCGAAAUUGGCGUGCUUUACAAAUUGUUAUAAUUUAUGUUUUUAUAACGCUCUUUUUUAAAUAAAUGGAAGCAAUGUUAA